AUCAUACAUUACAAAUGGCUAACAUUUAUCAUGACUGUGAGGUAUUGUGAAAGAGACUUAUCUACUAGAUUUCUGAAAAGAGUUUUCAUCAAUAACAAUGGUUGAAGUACCAGAUACAGCCCAGCACUAUAUCGAGUGUGACACGGAAUCCUGUAAGAACUUUUCUGAGUUUUACUGUAAUACCUGUCAUCAGCGAAUCUGUGACCAAUGCAAACAACGCCAUAUAGAUCAGAAAGAUAAACAUGAGAUAGUGCUCUAUCACGAAAGAAAGAGAAAACUUAUUUCAGAAAAAUGCAAGAUCCACUCGACACAAGAUAUAAAUGUCUACUGUGAUGAUUGCCAGGUUCCAAUUUGUUCAAUGUGCUUUGCCCUACACCACUGUGUCCAUGAACAAAGUGACCUUGAAACCAUCUACAAUGACACUCUACAGCAAUGUCAGAAAGAAAUAUCUAUGAUUUGGAAAACAGUUAUUCCUGAAGCUAAAAAUAAUAUUGAAUCAAAUUGGGAGAAGACAGAAAAUAUCAAGAAAGAAAUGGCCAAGUAUAGAGUUUCCAUGAAAAAGAGAGCAGAUGAAAUAAAGAAGGCUGUUGACAGUAUACUAACUGAUAAUAAUAAAAAACUGGAUGAGAUCGAGAAUUCUAUACUUAAUGAACUGGUGGAAUAUCAAAAGGAAACAGAGGGUUACAGAAAUUUCCUAGAAAAAAUGAUUGCAGACUAUGAGAGUGAAAUAUCUUCCGUAAAAUACACUGAACUCAUGAAAUUCCAUUUAGACAUUUCAUUGGCUACCCUGAAGAUGCCUACCAUAUCUGAACCAAAACUGCCAAUUUUAAGAUUAGGUAAACUAAAUAAAGAAAAAUUAACCAAACAGUUUGGUGAAAUUAAAGCAAAUUCACCUGAAAUGUUUAAGCUUUCUUUUGUCACAAAAGUAAGUGAAAAAAGUAUUCAGGAACCUGGACCUUUCCAUUUGUCUCCUUUGCCCCCCAAUAAAUUUUGGGCUAGUGAUAACUUUAGAAGUCUCAUUCAGUAUGACAUGGAAGGACACAUCCUACAUGAAAUAUCCACAACUAUUUUGGAUUUCCAAGGUAACCACACUGUAACAACAGAGGGAGAACUUCUUUACACAGAUUACCGUAAACACACAGUCUACAGAGUAACUAGUGACAUGUCCACUAAGAAAUUUAUCCAGACAGGGAGCUGGGUACCUGGAGCCAUCUUCUCUUCUCCUAUCAAUGGACACAUAUUGAUUGGGUUGGAGAGAAAGUCAGCCCAGAAAAUAACCAGAUACAACAAAGAAGGAAGAAAGUUACAGGACAUACAGAGUGAUGAUAAAGGACAAACCCUUUUCAAUUGUGUUAACUUUAUCACAGAGAAUAUCAAUGGUGACAUUUGUGCAUCUGACUGGAGAGCCAGAAAAGUAGUGGUGGUGACAGCAUCAGGAGAGUACCGAUUCUCUUACUCUGGUCAGCAGUCUCAGUCUGGAUUCCUUCCCCAUGGAAUCUGUACAGAUGUUUUGGGGCACAUUUUGGUGUGCAAUGGCUUUUUAACAUUUGAUGAGAAUUGUUCCAGUGUCCACCUCCUGGACAAAGAUGGCCACAUUCUGUCUUUCUUACUCACACCAGAACAAUGUCCUCCAUAUCCCCGUGCUCUCUGUAUUGAUGAUCAACACAAUCUCUGGGUUGGGGGAAGGGGCAGUUCUACUGUCUCUGUGUACAAGUAUUUGCAGAGAACAGAAAAAUGAUAUUUUAUUUACUGUAUUAUAUUUAUGCUUGAUCAGUUUGUGUAACAAACAACCUCUCCUAGUUAGACAUAAAUGUUAAUGGAGAAAUAAAUAACGAAAAGAUUAAUAAGUCACACAAGUAAGUUCACCUACCUCCAGCAUAUGAAA